CUUUCCGUCGGCGCGUGUUCCUAAAGUAUUUAAUUAAUUUUAUUAUCCAGUUUUAUUUAUUUAUUUAAAUAAAAUCAAUAAAAAUGUACUUCGUCAGCAUUACUGUUUGGAUUUCUUUGGUACACUUACUUGCCAGUGAAGCGAUCAUACACGCUCUGCAUGUCCCCAGAAGGACGAGGAGUAUCGGUGAUGAUGAUAAGACACAGUCAUUCAAACCGAAUAUCCCUCCAGAGUGCGAAGAAAUCGGCAUUUGCGAUAACGUACCGUCGUAUCCACAUCAGUACGUGUCGCGACUGAUCGAUCAGAUUACCAAAAUCAAUCAAACCACAUUCAACAUGGAUAUAUUAGAGCUCACAGAACGGUUUGGACCAGAAGAAGAAAAUUUGGAAUUGUGUAGAUCAGAACCAACAAUUUACACUCCGCAGGCAGCCCGAUCUACGAAUGGAAGAAAAUGGUACUAUAUUGUGAAUAAGAGAAACUAUGAGGCCAUUCAAACAUUUCGAGUUGAAGUUUGCGUUAAUAAAGAUGGAAAGUGUAAAGACGUAGCCAGUUUUGCACUUGGCAACCAAGGAUAUUGCAAACAGAAGUAUAUACUUCGCAAAAUGGUGGCAAUAGAUUAUCGAGGAAAUACCUUUGAAGAUUAUUUCAUCAUACCCAGCUGUUGUUCAUGCGUGUACAGGACCUUGUGAAAUUCCAAACUUCCAGUGCCGUGAAGCCCUGAACGAAGUUUAAGAAACAAACCGUACGCUCAAUUAAGUCUAAUACUGGUAGAGUUUCGGUUGUCUUGUUUAAUACUUGACCGACUAAUGCGUGAGCCUGAAAAUAUCUAGAACUAGCUGUCGUCCGCGACUACCUCCGCGCGGUGUUGACUUACUUGACUUGACUUAAAGUCAUAUGUCGCCGUAGUAGGGCAGAGCGUGUCCGCAGUGCGACUACUGUGUUCGUUUCUUAAAUCUAUAAAAUUCGGGCAAGCAGGUGAUUAGCCCACUGUGCCCUAGGCUGUUAGCGGGGCUGCCGCCUUGGAGUUCGCAGCCGAGCUCGGUUAUUAAGAAAACAUAAUUAGUAGACUAUGUGUUCUUGCAGAGUAUGUUUUAUAUGUAUGCCAAAUUAC